AUGCUCGCCCCAUCUAAUCGCCUGGUCCAGAACCGGCGUUCCCCACUCCCUCCACCUUCGUCGCCGCCAGCGUGCUACGCUGCCUCUAUCUCCGGGUGGUGUCCGUGUCGGGGUUCCGGAAGGAGGAGAUUCCCCUCCAUCGCCGCCGCUCCGUCGUUCAGAGCCUCAAUAUUUUCAACGCCGGUGAAGACGGGGACGGGCGGUCCAGUCGCUGAGAUGGGGGUGGGAGAUGUGGACGUCUUCGUGGAAGUCGGCAACAAGCUGGCCGACGCCGCCGGCGAGAUCAUCCGCAAGUACUUCCGCAAGAGCUUUGAGAUCGUCGACAAGGACGACCUGAGUGGGUGCUCCCCACUCCCCCGGAAACUAGAUAAACAGAGGGAAAAAAGGGGAAAAAAUCAGAAAAAAAAAACCUUUCUUUUGAUUGCCCCUGUUAACCCAGAGAUUAUUCGUUCUUGUUGGAUUCUUCUCCCUGGCCUGGCCUCUGAUCGAUGGGCGUUCACUCUUGCAGGUCCUGUGACGAUUGCCGACCGGGCAGCGGAGGAAUCGAUGAUCUCCAUCAUCUUGCAGCAUUUCCCUUCCCAUGCAAUGUACGACUUCUCAUUCUCCUCCGCUCGUUCUCUUUUGCAUCCAUUCGCCACUGCAAAUUAAGAAACCCCUGCUCAAUCCCAACGCUGAAUCUUUCAGUUACGGAGAGGAGAAUGGCUGGAGAUGCAGAGAGAUUUAUGCCGAGUACGUCUGGGUUUUGGACCCGAUUGACGGGACGAAAAGCUUCAUCACCGGUAUUUAUCUAUCGAUUCAGAGUCCAUCCUUCGUCUCAUACUCUUCAUGAACUACGAAGAUUCUUCAAAUCCAAUUCAUUCCAUUGUUCUGCAGGCAAGCCCCUGUUCGGGACUCUGAUCGCCCUUCUUCACAAGGGGGAACCAGUAGGGUUUAUGCUCAGUUUCUAUGACAUGGAUAUCGAUCACCAGAGGUUGAGAUGAACUUGUGCAUCUGAAAAGAAUAAUAUUUUCUUUAUUUUCAGAUUGUGGGCAUCAUCGAUCAGCCAGUUUUACGAGAGAGAUGGAUUGGAGUGAAGGGAAGGAAAACUACACUCAAUGGAUCGGUGGUUUCUGCCCGUUCCUGCAGCAGCAUUGCCCAAGCCUAUUUGUAUGCAUCCGCCCCACCCUUCCCCCGCAUCAACUGAGCUAUAAUUAUCAUCCAAUAUGAACAUACGAUCGAAUAUGGUUUGCUAAACUACUGUUAAAUCAACAAAAAUCUUCACGAGGAUACUGUCUUUUGGAAAUUAAUGGCUGAUACCUCUCCUUCUUGGCUGGCAUUACGACCAUUCUUCUUUGGCAUCGCUGUCUUUCUACCAAAAGCAAUGAUUCUAUCACAUGGGUCUGCAGGAAAUAUCAAAAACACCUUCAUUUUUUUCUCCGAAAUGGGUAUUUUUUUCUUCCAAUGCUUGAAAAUAAAUUCCACACGACCAUUAUUAAUUACGGAAAUACUCCACAUCCCAUUUCGAUGUAAUUACUGUAUGAUUACCAUUCUGCACUCAUAUUUCAUGUUUCCCUGCAAAAUUAAGCCCAUGCCAACUAUUGAAUCCUCGGCAGGUACACGACCAGCCCUCAUCUCUUCAGCAGCGACGCCGAAGAAGCUUUCAUCCGUGUUAGAGACAAGGUCAGCUGAUCCAUCUUACCAUUGCCGCGGAUUACCAGUAUUAUAUUAAUUGGCUGACACAUCGGAAUACCAAGUUGCUUAAUUUUCUUUCUCCCUUUUUCCCAGGUGAAAGUUCCACUUUAUGGUUGUGAUUGUUACGCCUAUGCCCUCUUAGCCACAGGAUUCGUGGAUCUUGUGGUUGAGUCUGGGCUCAAGGUCAGCUCUGUCUUCUGAACCCCCCCCAUCCCCCCCUCGUUGACUUACAUUUCUUUUAUUUCACAUUGAGCAAUGCCCAGCUGGUGAUCUUCCUUCAUGGUUCCCUUCUUUUGAUCUCCAGCCCUAUGACUUCCUUUCGCUUAUACCCGUUAUAGAAGGUGCCGGCGGCUUGAUAACUGAUUGGAGAGGACAGGAUCUCCACUGGGAGGCGUCACCGGAAUCCAACCCCGAAUGUAAAUAUUCUAAAUCAUCUGCCAAAGUCCCAAGCAAUUAUUAACUAUAGUUACCUUAUUUUUCGGGUAGGAACAAUAAUUUAUGAGCCGGGUACCUAAAUCUACCUCCUCUCCCAGGUUUCAAAGUGGUUGCAGCAGGCGACCCGCAGCUCCACCAACAGGCUCUGGACCUGCUGCAGUGGGAGUAG